CUGACUCUGUUUCCUCCAAUAUAACAAGCUAACCACAUUAAAAUGGUUUACAAAAAAAUGAAGGGUUGGAUGUUCAGGCUGGAUGAACAUGGAAAUGUAAGUAGAAGUCUAUUUUGUUCAAGUACCACUGUAUUAAACAAUGUUGUAGCUGCAUGUGAUGGCAUUACAUUAAAGGGUUAUUCUCUUUAAUUGAGCAAUACUUUGCUUUCUUCUCAGUGGGUGAAACACUGGUUUGUCCUGUGUGAUUCCUCACUCCGGUAUUACAGAGACUCAGCAGCUAAAGAGGUAUGACUUCAUGAAAACCAAGGUUUAUUACUGAAAUAAUAUCUGACGUUAUGCUGUCAUUUGUUACUGAAUACUGCACACAAUGGAACAAUUUCAUUGUCCUGCAGUCAGAUGUGUACGGAGAACUGAACCUGACGUCUUGUUUAAAUGUGUCAGACUGUGAAGUGGAGAAAAACUAUGGACUCCAGAUACAGGUGUGUGUUUUUUUAGUUGGUCGUACAAUACACCAGUGGGGUUGUACCUACCUUCUUUCCACAUCUUAGCACUAUGAACACACACACUGACAACUUGUUUGUGUGUGUGUGUGUGUGUGUGUGUGUGUGAUGUUGAUCUCCCCACAUUUUUUUGAUCUCCUUCAGACAAAGCAAACUGUGCUCACUCUGUCUGCUGUGACCUCCAGACUUCGGCGGAACUGGGUGAAGUUACUGAAGCAGGCGAUCCAAAAUAACAGGCACCAAUCAGACACCUGCAGUGAGAAAGAAAACCCGCUCUCUUGUGGACUGUCGCCAUACCAACCUCGCAGACCUCUCACCUGCAAACCUUCCAGCACCACAGAUACAAACUCCCAUCUAGCCGAUCACCAUCUCUCGGACUUGUCUCCGGCCUGUCAGAGAGAAGAAGGGGAGGGCUGGGACCGAGAGCAAGCAAAGCGUUUGGAGGAGAGGAACAAGUGGUUUGAGGAGGGGGUGCCCUUCAGUGAGAUGGGCAGCAGGUGGGACUUAAUGGAGCUUAAAAAGGGGACUUUACCUGUGCCUGUCAUUGAAACCAUGGACUCAGAAGUCAACAGGAAAUGGACUGAAUUUGAGACACAGUCAUUCAGAGACAUGUCUGCGCAGUCUCUAAUUGGAGCUGAGGCAUAUGUAAGCACCCCACAUGAAUCACAAUCUCAAGUUACAAGUCAGAACUGUCAGUCAAGACUCAGCCCCAAACAGGCUGAUCCAAGUACAACUGGUUCAAAGCAGGACUUAACUAAUUUUAGGGGGAGUCUCCAGUCUAUAAACGAACAGACCAUUCAAACAAAUACAGGAGAAAUUCAGCAAAAUGAGGUAAGAAGGAAGUUAUAUUGAAUAAUGUGAAUGUAAAAUUGGUGUUAAAUAUAUUUUUGUUUUCAAGGCCCUAUCUCUUCAAAAACAAGUUAACAAUAAUAAAAAGGAAUGUGCAGUCAUUGGGACUGAGACGGACAGCCCGUGUGGCCCACGGGCCGUCUGUGGAGCCAAAUUCAAAGCUAUGGAAAUAGCUCAUCAGAACGCCCUGCAGGAGCUGCAGGAGAGACACAGGAAGGAGAUCAUGGAGCUGGAGAAGCAGAAAGACAAACUGUUACAGGAGGAAAGACAGGCGGCUGCAAACGGUAAGACAGACAAAAAGACUUGAUUUAUUCUCUUUCAGCUGCUCCACUGGUGAUAAUCUGUCUCUAUUUUACCCUGACCUGCCUCUACAUCAAUGACAUACAUGUCCUCCAUAAUAUAUUCAUAAAUUGUCUCUAGAGUCUUCCUCUUUUCCUCCUGGAAUUUUUAACAAAACACCAAAUCUCAGUCUUCUUCAAACCCAGCAACACCAUCUGACAAAAACUAGUUUACCCCAAAGACAGAAUACCACACCACAAACAGAACCAUGUUGUUUAUACCAUACAGUGUAGUGAAGAUUGUCCUCUCAAACAGCCACUGUACAAGUGCACGCAACAACACAGGAGAGACAGCUGUUCAGGCCAGACUCCAGUUGCUCUCUUUAAGGACAAAGGACAAACCUUUGAGGAUAGAAAUACACAUGCCUUUGACAGAUGGUUUGACAGAGGAGUAAAGGAGGCCAUUCACAUAAACAUGGAGAAACCCAGAGUCAACGGAAUCAGCCACUGUUGUCCUGAGUUCUCACGCCAGAAAAUUCAACUCUAUUUCACCAAACAACACAGACAGACUGGAGGGGCACAGAGCCAGGUUUGUCCCUCAGGUGGAACCAG